AUGGCGCUGAGUUAUGGAAUUCUUACUCUUUAUCUUGUUGAACUGACCUUUGUUUACUACUUCCUGCUUGGCAUAUACAAUGUCUUCUUCCACCCACUGCGUCAUUAUCCGGGGCCAAUCUUCUGGCGAUUCAGCCCGGUGCCCAAGAAUCUUUACCUGCUCAUGGGCAACUAUGCUACCAAAGCACGCGAGAUCCACGAGACGUAUCCCGGGACCGCAUGGAAAGACAUUAUGGGCCGUCCUCUUAAGUCUGAGAUGCCCAAAGAUCUCCGCUUCUUUGGCGGCGAGAACUUUGGUCGCGACAGUAUCGUGACGGCCCGGCCCGAGGACCACACGCGCCAGCGCCGCAUCUUUACGCCCUCCUUCUCCAAUACGGCCCUCAAAGCGCAGCAGCCGCUGUUGGCGGGCUAUGCGGACCAGAUGGUUGAGGCGAUGGAUCUGAUCAACCGACGUGACGGGAGCAUCAAUAUUGUAGACCUGUACAACUUCUGCGCAUUUGACAUCAUGGCCGACCUUACCUUUGGCGAGCCGUUGCUAUUGCUCAAAAAGGGGGGCUACAUCCCCUGGGUUCACAACCUCUUUGCGGGACUCAAGUUCGUGAUUUGGGGACUGGUGUUUCUCGAGAUCCCCGUGCUGGGACCGCUGGUACAAGCUGUCACGGCGGCGCCGCUGAAGAAGAAGGCGAAGGGGCACACCGACUUUGCCGGCCACCUCGUGGACCGCCGCCUCAAGAAGGAGAACCACACGAAGCCGGAUAUCUGGAGCUUCGUCCUGCGCCACAGCGGGGACGAGGCCAAGGGCCUGAGCGGGAGGGAGAUGCACGCCAACGCGGCCAUGUUCAUGGCCGCGGGGACGGAGACGACGGCGACGGUGCUCUCGGGGACGACGUUCUACCUGCUACGGACCCCGAGGGUAUACGACCUGCUAACGAAAGAGAUUCGAGACAAGUUUGCCAAGGCCGAGGAUAUCUGCGUCGACGGGCUUGUCGGAUUGGAGUAUUUGCAGGCGACCCUGGUCUCCGUCAACCCGUACGUUGCUUUCACGCACCCGGACAACUGGGCCCGUCCGACCGAGUUCGUCCCGGAGCGGUGGCUCCACCCGGAGGCUCCGGAGUGGAAGGACGACAAGCGGGAUGUGCACGAGCCGUUCUCGUACGGACCGAGGAAUUGUAUUGGGAAGAAUCUCGCGUGGCUUGAGCUCCGCCUGCUUCUGGCCAAAACUCUGUGGCAUUACGACCUGGAGAUGUGUCCCGGGAUGGAGAACUGGGUCGCGCAGAAGUGUUACCUCACGUGGGAGAAGGGCCCGUUGAUGGUGAAGCUGAUGCCUGUGAAGAGGGGUUGA